UCUGCUCUCUGGAUUUCCAGCUCUGUCUCCUCCUCUUCUAACCCCCUCACUUCUCAGCCAGAACUGGUUACAGGAGUUCUCCCAAGAGAUAAUGGAGAAGGUAUGUCCAAGAAAAUAACAGAGAGGAGAUGUGAGAUAGGAUUAAAAACAUGUAUGGAUAGAGAGGUGCACCCUUGUCCCAGAGCCCCUGCCACAGCCUUCUACCCAAAGGUAGCUUGGAGGAGUGGCCAGAUCUUCACUGCCCUCCCCUUCCGUGAGACCUUACACAAACAAAGGAUGACUUCACUUUUGCCUCAUUUGAUGCCUAUACAGUGCAUUUGCCAAGUCCCUACUAUGUGCCAGGUGCUGUGCCAGGGUCUGGGGAUACAGCAGUGGAAGUGCCUGCCCUUGAUGUGCCUUUAGGUGCUAGACAAGCAAAGAGGCAGCGCCAACACAGUACCCAAAAUGCUAUGAUGGGAGCAGCCCCACGGUUGAUGAGAGCCCAUGGGAUUGGCUGGCACUCAAAGCUCUCCAGCUCCCCUUGCCUAGAGGUCCAGGGCUGUCCUUGAACAAGGCUUAGGACCUCUUGGGUGUCCCACCCACUUUCCCAGAUAUGGCCUCCCCUGAGCCUCACAGGCCACCCCCGACCCUCACAGGCCACCCACUUAACUUCAUCCCUCCCUUUGGGCUCCUGCCUUCUCAAGGGCCUUUGCAAAUACCCCCUGGGAAGCCAGAGAGCCAGCAAAGACCAGAAUCCUUCCAGAAAGUGAGCUCAAUGAACAUCUGGCCUCUCUCAGGAAUGCAUCCUCCAGGUCUGGCCUUUCCCCUGCCAGAUUGCAACGUCCCUGACCAAAAGGAGAGAUUUAGACCAAUCCAUCCCGAGGCCUGGAAACUUUGGCCUCUGCCUUUCCCACUACCCAACAGUAAGUGGGCUCCUACAUGGCUGGGUUCCUCUGCACAGGACUGAGGCAAGGCUGUGGAGCCAAGGAGGCUCCAGGCAGGAGACCCAGGGGAGGAUCUAUAGCAGCAAGAGGAGUCCAAGUCACACCCCAGAACUUCGCCACAUCCAAGAGAGAACUGGGAAGCUGAGGACCCAUGGACUCUUCACACAGCCUGGACCUUCCUCCACACCGGGUAGAGGGGUUUGGGGGCCUUCUCAGAAGCAAGGAGUGGACAAGCCUCUUGGUCAAGGCUCCUCUUGCCUCCCAAGCUCAUGGACAAGUGGCAGUCAGCUGGGGCCCCUCUUUUUGGGUACAAAGGAAAGGACAGAGGUGUGGGACACCCAAGGAGGUCUUGAGAUUGACAGACAGCAAGUCCUUGGAGAUAGCCCCCAGACCCAGAACUUAGGCAGGGGCCCCAAGACAAUAAAGUUGGUCUCUACUAUCUCUUCCUCUGAGUGCAGUUUCCAGGAGUCCCUCCCCCUGUUCAUUUCAGGAAAUGUUAGGGGGCUCCGGGCCCCUUCCCUCAACGCCUGCGGUCACCCAGCAGCUUUCUCUUUCUUCCUGGCCUAAGCCUAGCGGGUGGGCUCUGUGCACACAUUUGAGGAGGGGCCAGAUGUCCACAGUUCAGAGCCUCUUUUUGACCCUGGGAUUGGAUCCCAAGGCUGGGUGGGGCCAGGCUGUCCCAUUCCCCAGCACUCCUCCUCCCCAAGCACCCGCAGGCGUUUGCGAGAGGAGAUACGAGCUGGGCUCCUGGCCCUUUCCUUCCCUGGGUCCUUGUCCGCCGCUCCAGGCUCCAGCUCCCCGCCUCUCCCACUAUGUACCGACAGCGAGCCGGUGCGGCUGCCAAGGGCAGGGUCCAGGGCUGCGGCUGCCUGAUGUCCAGCACCGUGCUCCUGCUGCUCGCCUACCUGGCUUACCUGGCGCUGGGCACCGGCGUGUUCUGGACGCUGGAGGGCCGCGCGGCGCAGGACUCCAGCCACAGCUUCCAGCGCGACAAGUGGGCGCUGUUGGAGAACUUCACGUGUCUGGACCGCCCAGCGCUGGACUCGCUGAUCCGGGACAUCAUCCACGCGUACAAAAACGGUGCCAGCCUCCUGAGCAACACCACCAGCAUGGGGCGCUGGGAGUUCGUGGGCUCCUUCUUCUUUUCUGUGUCCACCAUCACCACUAUUGGCUAUGGCAAUCUGAGCCCCAACACAAUGGCUGCCCGCCUCUUCUGCAUCUUCUUUGCCCUCGUGGGGAUCCCGCUCAACCUCGUGGUGCUCAACCGACUGGGGCAUCUCAUGCAGCAGGGAGUAGACCACUGUGCCAGCAGGCUGGGGGUCACCUGGCAGGACCCGGGCAAGGCACAGUGGCUGGCGGGCUCUGGCGCCCUCCUCUCGGGCCUCCUGCUCUUCCUGCUGCUGCCGCCACUGCUCUUCUCCCACAUGGAGGGCUGGAGCUACAUGGAGGGCUUCUACUUCUCCUUCAUCACCCUCAGCACUGUGGGCUUCGGCGACUAUGUGAUUGGGAUGAACCCCUCCCAGAGGUACCCGCUGUGGUACAAGAACAUGGUGUCCCUGUGGAUCCUCUUUGGGAUGGCAUGGCAGGCCCUGAUCAUCAAACUCAUCCUCUCCCAGCUGGAGAUGCCAGGGCGGGUGUGUUCCUGCUACCGCCACAGCUCCGAGGAAGACUUCAAGUCCCAAAGCUGGAGACAGGGCCCAGACAGGGAGCCAGUGUCCCCCUCCCCACAGCAAGGAUGCUAUCCAGAGGAACCUAUGGAAAUCAUACGGCAUCUGGAACCUUCUGCUCAGGUUGUAGGCGGUGGCAAACAUAGCUAAUUACACUCCAUUCUUUGUUUGGUAUUCCUCCUCAGUAGCAAGACCCCUGAUUUUAAGCUUGGCAUAUAUCCUCCCAAACUAAAGACUACAUUUUCCAUCCACCCUUGAGGCUAGAUGCAGCUAUAUGAUUAAAUUCUGCCCAAUAGGAUAUGCAGAGACAUUCCCUGGGUGACAUGGAUGUGACUUUCAGGUGGGGGAAGCCAUGCCCUCCUUCCUCACUUCCUUACUUUAGCUGCCUGCAAUGCCGGUAUGUGGCUGGAGCUCUGGCAGCCAUCCAGCACCGUGAAGUAGAGGCAUAGCUGGAGGUUGGUAGCACAAUAAGAUAGGAAGAGUUUGGAUCUCUGAUGAUCACAGAGCCAUUCUAACAAACCUGGACAGAAUAUCCCCAGACCUCCUUUAUGUGAGAGAGAAAUAAACAUCUACUUUGAAACACCA